AUGAUAGCGAUUAUACUUACUAUGGUAUAUGUGUUACACAGUGCGAAAUCAAGUAUUUGCGAUAUCAAAUACAAAAUUAAAAAUAACGACGAAGUCGCGAUCGGUGAAAUAUCAUUUCCAUUGACGGCGAACGUGGACGGAACGUUGUCGAGAAAAUCAGAAUUCGCAAACCGGAGAUUAUACCGGGACUACCGAGGAAGUGCAAUCGAAACGUACAAUCAUAACCAAGGGGGAAGUCGUCGUCGUUGUGCUCGUACGCCACAAGUGUUCGUCAAAAAGUCAGUUGGAGUUGUUGGCGACAAGCGAAGGAAUGUAUUUUUUGGAAAUAAGGAAGCCUCAAUAUUUGAUAGGUAUGAAGGUGUGUUUGGCCAUUGCGAUAGACGCGGAAAACGGAUUUUAAGAAAUUGA